GAGGAGCAGCUGGAGGCCGUGGGCAGCGGGGCCGACCUCCGCAGCGUCAGCCGCCAGCUCAAGAGGCUGCAGAGCAUGGAGUCGCAGGUGGAGGAGUGGUACAAGGAGGUGGGCGAGCUGCAGGCGCAGGCGGCGGCGCUGCCGGCGCAGGCGGCCGGGCGGGACGCGGUGGGCGAGCGGCAGAGCGCGGUGGGCACGCGCAUCGUGCGCCUCAUCGAGCCCCUCAAGGAGCGCAGGAGGAUCCUGCUGGCCUCCAAGGAGGUGCAUCAGGUCAGCCAUGAGCUGGAGGAUGAGGUGAUGUGGGUCCAGGACCGCCUGCCCUUGGCCACGCUGAAGGACCACGGCACCAACCUGCAGACCGUCCAACAGUUCAUCAAGAAGAACCAGAACCUGCGCCGGGAGAUCCAGGUGCACCGGCCCCGCGUGGACGAGGUGCUGGAACGCGCCGCCGCCGUGGCCACCAUCAAGAGCCCCGAGGCCGAGGGCGUGCGGUGCCUCCUGGAGCGCCUGGGGACCAUGUGGGCCGAGCUGCAGGAGCAGACGGAGCGCCGGCAGCAGACCCUGGAUGCCACCUACCAGCUGGAGCAGUACUACUUCGACGUGGCCGAGGUGGAGUCGUGGCUGGGAGAGCAGGAGCUGCUCCUGAUGAACGAGGAGAAGGGGAAGGUGGGGGUUGAGAGGGGUGGGGUUGGGGUGGUCAUUGGGGACGUGUCCUCGGUGGAGCUGCUGAUGAACGACCACCAAAGCCUCAAGACGGAGAUGGAGGCGCGGGCCAAGAACGUGGCCACCUGCCUGGAGCUGGGCAAGACCCUGAUCCUCAGCAAGAGCCCGGCGGCCGAUGAGAUCAAAUCCCACAUGGAGAAGCUCCUGGCGAAGAAGAAGGAGAUGACGGAGAAGUGGGACAAGCACUGGGAGUGGCUGCAGCAGAUGCGCGAGGUGCACCAGUUCGCGCAGGAGGCCGUGGUGGCCGACGCGUGGCUGACGGCCCAGGAGCCGCUGCUCAAGAGCCAGGAGCUGGGCAGCAGCGUGGACGAGGUGGAGCAGCUGAUCCGGCGGCACGAGGCCUUCCGCAAGGCGGCGGCCGCCUGGGAGGAGAGGUUCAGCUCCCUGCGGCGCCUCACCACGAUCGAGAAGCUCAAGGCCGAGCAGAACAAGCAGCCUCCGACGCCGCUCCUGACCCGCAAAUUUUUGCCGGACGCCGCGGCCGUUGCCGACCCUCGCCGGCCGGAGCCGCGCGUCGCCUACGUCCGGCACGAGCUGCGCCCGGAGCGCCUCCAGCCCAAGCUCGACCGCGUCCAGGCUCCGAGCACCGAGGGUGGAGCCACCGAGCCGCCCCCGGCCGCCUCCGCCGUCACCGCGGCCGCCCCCGCCGAGCCCCCGGCCGUGACCCCCAAGGCCGAGGAGCCCGGCGAGGUCCGGCCGGGGCUGCCGGAGCGGCGCCGGGAGCGCCGGGAGCGCCGGUUGGAGCGGCAGGAAUCCAGCGAGCCGGAGCUGCCGCGGCACGACGGGAAGGGCAGCGGCAAAGCCACGCUGGCGGACAUCGUGGAGCAGCUGCAGGAGAAGGAGGCGGGCGGGCCCGUGCCGGCGUCCCCUCCCUGUCCCCAGCCCCGUGACCGCGACUCCCCCGCCCGUCUCCCCGCUGGCCCCGAGGCUCUUCCCGAGAGGACCCCAAGGCCGGAUCGUCCACGGGCCCGGGACCGACCCAAACCGCGGCGCCGACCGCGCCCCAAAGAUUCGGGGCAGGCUCCGGGGGAGCCGCGGCGAUCGCGCUCGGCACCGGCACAGGGCAGCGCGCCGCCGCCGCCGCCGCCGCCCGCGCACACCGUGACGCACGAGGGGUUCCUGCUGCGCAAACACGAGCUCGACGGCGCCGGCAAGAAGGCGUCCAACAGGACCGGCGACGGGAGCGAGUUCCUGCUGCAGGCCAAGGACGAG